CGUCGUGCCUCUGGCUGGGCGUGUGACUGCGCGCUCCGGAGGGGAGGAGGAGUUUGAUGGAUUGAACUGCAGUUGCUUUGCUGGAGGCAGAAGAAACCGUUUGGAGAGGGCACGAACGAUUCGGGCUGCUGGCAGGCGGAUGAUCGCCUGAGAAAGGAGGCGCUUAGGGCGGAAGAAGGAUCCCCACCCCACCCAGGAGGGGUGGGCAGAGAGAGACAUGCGCUCAGCGCCGGGAGAAUGAAUGGCUCCGCAGAGGGGCCGCUGCCGCAGCUCAGCUCUUGGCGAGCCUCUCUAAGCAGCUGAUUCAGGGAGAGGCUCCGUCUCCCUCUCUCCAGCCAGGCGCAGAACAGGGAAAUUUGCGGGCAGAUCCGGCUUUGUUCUGCGGCUUCUCCCAGCCCGGCCGCGCCUCAGGGCUGCUCUUCGGUUUGCUGCUGAAGAACGAUUCAUGGCGACUGAACCAGCCUCGGCGCCGUGGACUCCGGGCGCGUGGUGAAUGCGGGCUGCUGCCGGAGCUUCUCGCUCUUCCGCCCCCGGCCGCCGAUCACCUCGGAGUAACUGCCAGCGAGCCUUCCUGCAGAAUCCGGAUUGCUCCCGAUUUCCCGCAGCACUUCAGGGAUGGCUGGUGGUGAGGUUGCAUUGUAAUCGCAAUCCAGUUUGGCGUCUGGUAGGGAUGGUGUAAGAGCAGCUACCGGACAGAGCGGAAGCCGAGGAGAGCCUUUGCGAUUAGCGCCGAGCCGUGCGUCAAAACCAUGGGGAAUAUCUCGUCCAACAUCUCCGCCUUCCAGUCCCUGCACAUUGUCAUGCUGGGCUUGGACUCUGCCGGCAAAACCACAGUGCUCUAUAGACUCAAAUUCAACGAGUUUGUCAACACGGUGCCCACCAUCGGCUUCAACACAGAAAAGAUUAAGCUGAGCAAUGGUACUGCCAAGGGCAUCAGCUGCCACUUCUGGGAUGUGGGUGGACAGGAGAAGCUACGACCCCUUUGGAAGUCAUACAGCCGCUGUACCGAUGGCAUCAUUUAUGUGGUGGACUCUGUAGAUGUGGACAGGCUGGAAGAAGCCAAGACUGAGCUGCACAAAGUCACCAAGUUUGCCGAGAACCAAGGCACUCCCUUGCUGGUGAUUGCCAACAAGCAAGACCUGCCCAAAUCGCUGCCAGUGGCAGAAAUCGAGAAGCAGCUGGCUCUGCAUGAGCUGACCCCAUCCACGACCUACCACAUCCAACCAGCUUGCGCCAUCAUUGGCGAGGGGCUCACCGAAGGCAUGGACAAACUGUACGAGAUGAUUCUGAAGCGCAGAAAGUCCUUGAAGCAGAAGAAGAAACGAUAGAGAAGGACACCAAAGGGAACGAGGAUUCCCUUACACAGAUUCAGAGUUUGAUUUGCUGGCUUUUCCUUGACACAUCAAUUAAGGAGCUUCAAACAAAUGCCUGUAUUCAUAUACCUCUCCAUGAUGUCCCAGACUUCUCCAAUGUGCUUAUCUCUUAAGAGACAGGAUAUGAUAUUGUGCUGGCUGGCACUUGGGAUGCAGGUCAGAUCUGUGCAUGUCAGCCAUUCCCUACCCAAUGAAAGCGGCACAAGCCACUAUAAGAGGAGGAAGCCUCUACUUUGUAACACUCUAACAGGACUCGAAGUUGGACUCGAAGUUGGAUUUUACCAGCUGCUUCUGUCCUUGUGGAGAGGUUUACCAUAAAGUUUUUCACAUGGGGCUUUUGAAGCCCCUUAACUCACAUCUCCUCUGGAAUGGAGGGGGUGCGUCCACAUAUUGGCCAGAUAUACCCUGAUGUCCCUGGGAGUUAUCGGGGAGUAGUUCACACACAAUUUGGGUUUUUCACUGUGCAUUUGAGUGUAACCUGAUUUAUAUCCGGGGUAAAAAAAAAAUCCACUAUUUGUGUCAGUUUUUUGGGACAACUUCGAGUUCACAGUAAAACCUCCCCAUAAACUCAUGGUAAAACCUGCUGUGUGUAAAAGUUCCAUUAGACUUUUUUUUUCAUUCCUCUGGAAGGUUUCAAUUAAAACAAAAUGGGAAAAAUAACUUUGGGAGAUGAAAGUCAAGAAGCCUUGGUACAGGGCUGGACCCUGUUUCCUUUGGAUUAAGGUUUGUGCUUCCAUCUCAGGAUCUUGGUACAAGGCGAUUGUGUGCAUGAAGAACUAGACUUAAGAAAUAGUGCUUGAUGGAAAAUUAUGAUGCUGUAAUGGGGGGGGAGGGAACUGAUGCAUAUAAAAAUACACCCUCAGUGUAUAUUGCUUAACUUUUACUCUCUGAAGCCAGUCUUUGCGAAAUGGUGUUUUUGAGUCUUACCACAGACAUCUCCAAGGCAUUUGGGGUUUGGCCAUGUCUGUUACCAAGAUCAACAAAAUGUAUGACAUCAGUGAACGGAUGCUGCAGUGCUGCUUCCCAGAAUGAUGUGUGUAUUUGGAAGGAAGGGUCUCCUGUCCUUUCAGCUGAAUGUGAGGAUGUGCAGAAGGUGGAGGUGGAGCUUGGCUCUGCUACUGUACUGCUUAGGGAGGGGCUCCAAAAAAGUGGGGGAAGGAGGAUGGCCCUUGGAACAUCCUGCUGGUGGCAUCCAUGAAUUCCUGUAUUAAAAUGAUAUAUCUUGAUAGUGUAUUGAUGCACUUGAAUUGCAAAUUCUGAGCUGGCUGGAUCAUGUAUGGCCAGUGGCUGCUGGCUGGUGCUGCAUUGUUAUUUUUUCAUAAGCAGUCUACACACUGUAGCAAUAACCAGGAACACAGUUUUAUUCUACCUUCUUAUUGUAAUAUUCAGCUGAAGACUUUCUUUCUUUGUUCAAAUUGAGUCAAAUCGGAUGAAGUAAUCUGACUUGCAUUUCAGUUUAUUUGUGUACCAUUCUGGUAGCUUUCAUGAGCCAGAGGCCCCUCUCAGUGCAACAAUAGGAAAGCAAUUGGGUGGGGGUGGGGGAGCAAGAUAGAAUUCGGCAGAUCAGACAAAUAAGAUAGAUUCAGAAGCAAGUGGAUACUCUGAAAGAGAACAAAUAUUCUGUAGUAUGUUCACUACCUUUUUUCUGGGUGGGGGAUCUUUAAAAAAAAUACAACAUUCAAAAUGGUGGUUGUCAAGAGUAAAAGAAAAGGCUUUCCCCUUGUGUUUCUUCCCCAUUGUAAAACUGCAUUGAGUUUGGCAGUUAGAAAGAAAUCUGGUAUCCUUUACAAAGGCCUUGAUUCUGCAAAACUAAGGCUGCAAUCUGUACACACUUGACAGGAAGCAAGUCUUGUUUAAUUCAGUGGGAUUUACUUCUGAGUAAACAUCCAUAGAAUUGGGCUGCAAACCUAUGCAUAAACCGAUGGGGAAUUCUCCCUGAAUGAACAUGUAUAGGGUCAGGCUACACAGCCAGUGACUACUCAGAAAUAGUUUUAGAAGGAAGAAGACUAGGAAUGUGACUUCACAAACAAAAGGUGGGGUGUUGGGGGGCGGGACCUUUCAUAGAACUAUUAUUACAGCCUUUAUCUUAUAAACUUUCUAAUCAAAAAGUCUGCUUUAAAGAAAGCACAUGAAAGUGUUCCAUCUAUGGCUCAACUGAUCUUGACUCAGUUUCUCGAGCCUGGAAUAUAAGCUCUUCCUGCUUAAAACAGGAGUUCCUGAAACAGAACAAAGCUGGGAGGACAAGGAAGCCAGCAAAUUCCAGACAACAGAUUCUUCUCAGCAACACACUUCCCCCCCAACAGGUUUUUGUAGGAAUGCCUUCUGAACAAUCAAGAAGAAUCACCAACUUUAAAAAAAACAAAACCUGGCAAAGUUCUUGUAUCUUUUACAGCUGUACAUUAGGCAGCUAGGCAGUUCCUUUGCUUCAUUUCCUUGUCAGGAAGCUUCAUCUGCUGCAGAUUUGUCUGCCAUGCAGAUGUUAAAGGCACAGAAGCCCUGCCAGAUAAGAAGUUGGUUUAUCCUGCAACCAAGUAUUAUUUUCUGGAGUAUUCUGUUUACACAAAUAGAGAUAUAUUCAUUGAUCUACAGAGUGGGCUGGUCCCAUUGUUUUAAGACAUCAUAGAAUUGUGGUUUUUUGUUUUUUAAGAAGUUGUUAUUUUCUUUAACCCAUGACUCUCUUGAGCACAUUUGUUACCUCAUGACUGAGAGAGGAAUAAUAUAUUUAUUCUGACACACUGUUGAAGCCAAAUGCUGUAAUUUUUUAAAAACACUGUUUAGAAACUAGAUAGAAGAUACUGCUCAGAUCAAACUCCAUUAUGCCAUAAUGCUAAUGUGUGUUUGGAAUACUUUGUCAUUGACUGGUUUCUUGCAAAUGUUGUUGCAAAUUGCAAAUGACACAAUUGUUACAUUAAUUUAUCAUCUACUCUGCUCCUGCAGACCAAGUUGCACAGGUGCUAAGUGACUGGGAGAUGAGCUGGUCUUGUGGUAGCAAUAGGGUUGCCAUAUUCUGGCUCUCCAAAUCUGGGUGCUUAAUUUGCAUAACAUGUAGAUUUGCUUGAAAAUAAUUUGCAUAUGCAAAUUAGCAGCAUAUGCAAAUCCAUAUGCAAAUCCUUUCCAGUUGACUUGUAUUUGCUCUGGAUAUCUACCAACAAUAGUUGGGGAAGAUAUCUUUGCCUGACCAUUUUCCUUGACAUAUUAACAGCAGCAAUAGAGCAACAACAAAAAAUGCACAGCUUUUUUAUUAUGGCUGCUAUUCUGUACACACUUAUCUGAGAGAAGAUCUGAUUGAAACCAAUAGUGCUUACUUCUAAGUAGGCAUGCAUUGAAUGUCAAGCCAAGAAAGUCCUUAAAUAGUACAAUACACAGCCUGGUAGGCAGGUAGUGAUUCACAUCAAAAGCUAUCCUCUCAACUGCCAGAUAGAAAUCUCCUGCUGAUAACAAACAAGGCAACAUUUCUCAGGGGAUUAUUGUACAUGUGAAAGUGAAACCCUCCCAGCUAGUCUCUUGUGCUCUUCCUCUCUUAAUCCAAAUCCAGAGGUUGAGCAGAAUAGUGACUGCACGUUUUGCUCUUUAAUUCUGCUUCUACAAGGGCUGGAGCUUAGCGUUUUUUUAAAAAACAAAAGCUGGAAUCCAGGCGAAUCUGGGUGGGCUAAGCAAUCCAGGUGAGAUGCUUAAAAUCUGGGUGAAACCUGGAAUUGUGGGGGGCAUGGCAAGCCUAGGUAGCAAGCAUGAAUUGUUCCUUUACUAAGCUUUGCAUUUGAAUGGGAGACUACAUGUGCAAUCACUGUAAGAUAUUCCCCUUAGGGGAUGGGGCCACUUUGGGAAGAGCAUCUAGGUUCCAAGUUCUUACCCUAGCAUCUCCAAGAUAGGGCCGAGAGAGAAUCCUGCCUGCAACCUUGGAGAAGCCACUGCCAGUAUGUGUAGACAGUAUUGAGCUAGAUGAACCAAUGGUCUGAUUCGGUAGAAGGCAGCUUCCUGUGUUCCUGUGACUGGAGAUUUGGCUCUUACCAGUCCCAGUCUGGUAAGCAAUAUGAAGUAUUGAAUAUGUCGGUCUUUCUAUCAGACCAACUUUAGUUGGCACAGAAGUAUGCAGCCUUUUGUGUUACACAAAGCUCUUCAUUAGACAGAAUAAAAGAAUAUGAUAGAUUAUACCUAUACACAUAAACCCUAUUUAAUGGAAAGUUCUGUGUAACCUUGAAAGCUCACACAUUUUCUGGGACCCACAGAGCAACUGUUUAUUUCACUUAAAGCAUGGCAUUUAAGUGCAUUCCUUACUAAUAAAGCAUAUGCAUACAUUUAACUUUUAGGCACAUACUUUAACUGAGACAGAUAAAUGGGAGGUUGAAUUCCAGAUCAGUGCCACUACAGUGCAGAUUGCUUUUCAAAGUCAAUUUCCACCCCCUGUUACAAAGUACAACCUUUUUCUUUCCAAAAGCAGUACUGACUAGUAUCUUCAUCAAUACAUUAUCUGAUCAAGGAAGAAGGCCUGGAGAAAUAUGAGAAUUAAAAAUGUUGCCAUUAAAACUUUAUAUACAACCUCCUUCGAGGACAUGUUCUUCCCACUCCCAGGUAUUUCAUUUUCUUCAAAUAAUGUUUGAAUAUUUUAGUAGAUGUUAGAAGAUGCCAGUCACAUUUCAGAUGUUUUCUUCACAAUGCGCCAAUUAAAAUAUUACAUUGGAGCAAAACAA